AUGUCGGGACAUGUCCCUCACCGUCCCACCGUCCAGCAGCGCGAGCCGCACCGGGACCGCAGAGCACGAGAGUCGGAGCGGAGCGCGAGCUGCACCGGGAACAGAGACGGUUCCUCCGUCUCUCUGCAUGGUGGAUGUCAGAAGUGCCCGCGCUGCCCGCCGGGACACCAACUCAGACAGGAGUGUGGGUAUGGACUGGGCGGCGGUUCCGUGUGCCAGGCGUGUGAGAGACGAUGGUUUAAGGAGGACUGGGGUUCACACUCCUGCAGGAUGUGCCAAACCUGCCGCCGCCUUAACCGACGGGAAAUUGCAGCGUGUACACACACACGCAACGCUGCAUGCGGAGACUGUCUGCCCGGGUUCUACAGUAAAAGGCGAUUGGACGGACUGCAGGAUCUGGAGUGUUUGCCGUGUGACUCCGCCCACUUCAGACACACACAAUGUGGAAGUGAAGCUGCUGAUGCGCUGCUCAGAACUUCUGAAGCUCCGCCCAUCAACGCCGCGGCCGUGAUGACCGCCUGUGUGACAACGGUCGCCAUGGUGACCAUCCUGUUAGCCAUUGUGGUCCUUACCUACAGAUUCAAUACACUCAGGAAAAGCUUCAAAGGUUGUUUAUCACCUCACAGUCACCGUGACAUUACGACUGCCUCCGUUUCCGUAGCGACCGAGUACAGCCUGACCCAGGAUGGAGAAUUUGGGUGUUCGGACGUGACCUUCUGUACUCGGCCGCUCGCCGUGGAGCUCAGCACCCCCAUCAGUGACAUCACAUCCUGCAGGGAGGCACGUCAGGUGACCGGGUCGAGCGAUGCCACGGCGGGAUGGGGGCACGGCGGCCCGGUGGAGUGCACCGAGGGGGAGGUGCUGGACGGGGAGAGAGAACGAGGGGGCGCAGAGGUGGAGACCUUCCUAACAUGAGUGGUACACAGGAGUGUGUGUAGCAGCGGACGUCAGACCGGAAUAUUUGAUGACCCUUGACCCGCCCUGACUCAUAAACGACGACGUUUUGUUAAUGCUGCUUUUAUAGUCAGUUAUGACGUCAUCACCCGUUUUACAUUUCAUUUAUUUAUUUUAUUACCAUGUGCAGCAUUUCUGGUCUUAAUUUGUCCCGUCCAAAUGUUUUUGGAAGGUCCACCAUCAACAAAUCGCCACUGUUGGGCCCUUGAGCAAGGCGGGGCACCAUUACAAAUCACUGCUGUCAGUUUUUAUUCUCAUUUUUACCCACCGUCCCAACUUUUUACGAGUCGAGUUUGUACUUUGAGCCGCACGUCCGAUUUCCUCCGAAGUUUUUUUAAGACGUAAAAAGUUUGGGAAAGUUCCUCCCUGACCUACAUUAGUUUAGAGCUUCCUGUUUAUAGAUUCAGGUCAGACAGAUGCUAAUGCCUGACACUCGCGUCGCUAACAUCCACACCGUCGCUGGUGACGCGAGAAGUGAGACGCAAACCUGCAAACGACACCCGGGCGUCGAGAACAAGCGCUGCGAGCCAAUCCCGUGUACAGGUGCGAGCGGGUCGAACUCCGCUCGUCUCAUAUGCUUUGUGAUGUCAUCAGAUGAUGUCAUCAAGCUGGUCAUGUUUUGUUCGAAGCUCAUUUGAUGUUUCACGUUUUCCUUUGAUCUCGGAGCAAAUUGUUUUAAGACUUUUUAUAUUAUUGGACGUUUGUGGGACAAAAAAGAAAAACAAAUAAAUUAUUAAUCAAUAAUAAUGAAUUUUUAUCACUGUACCAGUAAACCAGAGCGCUCGACAAGCUCAGUGUCGUUAGCAGAGACUCUUUACGUACAUGUUGCCCAGCAAGGGCGUGGCCUUAAAUGUUAAAUAAGUGGCUGGCAGUGAAGCGUCAUCACUAAUUGAUAAAAUAAUCAUCAGAUGUUGAGGCAUUCAUCUACUAAUCAGGAAGAUUCCGGUUCAAACACCAAGGCUGCCAAGUACCACCAUUGGACCCCUGAGCGGGACCCUUAAAUCUUAGUUCUAUGAAUUGUUCUUGGUCAGAAAUGUGAGUCGCUUUGGAAUAAGCGUUCACUAAAUGCUGUAAAUGUUUUUCGUCGUGUGUACACAGAACAGCUGAACGCUUUUGCUAAAUGGCUUCACACGGCGAGUACGAUUAAACUGGACGUGAUUUUGCUCGGAGAAUCAAACGUACGAGAGUCCGGAGUGACGUGACACGUGAGCGUAGAAAAGUCAUUUCAAAACAUUUUUCACACGUAGAUAAAACAUGUUUUAAUAAUAUAGAAUUUAAUUCCAUCAAUCAGAGCCUCCGUGCUCAUUUAUAUACAUCAUAGAUCUGAUACGAUUGGCUGAACUGAUCACAUGACCAUCGUUGCAUUUUACUGCUCACCUGCAGGUUGGCAUUCCCCCAAACACCGCAGUUCCCAAACACUCAGAAUCCUGAACAAAUACCAGUACAAAUAUAAUACUGGUCCGCUCUGCUGAGGUCGAUCUCUAGGUGUAACGGUCACCGAAUGGCCUCGACUGAGGGAGGAACGGCUGGAUGGGGGUCGUAAGUGCUAAGCUUUAUAUAAGUGCUAGUUUCACGGUGCAACAUUACAAUCAUACAUGAUUAAGUGACGUGCAGAAUGAUCACGCCUCGUCACCCGCGGUGGUUUUUCUUCAGUGUUUUGUGAUCUGCUGUAAUUUGCUGUAAUUUUCCAUCAGUAUUUUCUUUCUAAAUGAAUAAAUGAGAUUUUAUUUUUUACAAUUUUGUUUCUCAUGAACUGUGAGUUGAUUUUCUGAAACUGUUUGAAUGUUUACAUGAAUAAAAAAUUUGUACUCUGAUAUAAAA